AUGGAAGUGGAACAGUCGUAUUUGGAAGGUGGCGAUGGAUUCGGAAACAGGAGUGAUCGAAAUGGUAAUGUAAAGGGGAAUGGACAUGAGGUGAAACACGAUGGAUGGACCAAAGGAUCGGCGGCUAUGUCUCCUACAUCAUCAGCCUUUGAGUUUUCAUUUCCACCUAGAUCAUCCGCAUCGACACCUGAUCGAAGACGUCAAGCCCCACCUUCUAGUAUACCCAACUUCCCAUCAGCGGGAGAAGUUCGAAAUCCGCCGCCCGCCAUCCCCUUUUCCCCCUCACCUGUACAAUCUCCAAUGGCCAGCUCCCCUUUCCGAUCCCCUGAGCCACCCACACCCCAAGCGGGUCCCUCGACUCGAGCUCCUACCUUCAAUCUCCCUUUAUCUCAACCUUUUGCCACCCCGUCUGCUUCGGGUGUCAGCUCACCUUGGCUUUCCCUUGCGGCAGCUUCGGGCGCACCGACGCCGUCAUUGGAAAGCGGCCCGAUGGGCAGGGGCAGUCCUCAUCUUGGGUACCCUUUCGAAAAGCUGAAUAUCGGUGGAAGUUGGAGUGGAGGGAAUCUCUGGGGCGAUGAUGCUCAGGGACGAAGAUCAUCAGUAGAUUCGACCGGAGCUGGAGGACCAGGAUCAAGCCCAAUCCGAAAACAUAACCAAUUAUCAUCUCCGCCUUCAAUCGUCUCACUCCCACCCAGGCCUGCACGAGGGCUGAGUAAUGAAACUGUCCUUCGUUACAAAGCUAUGGCUUCCGCUGGUCCCAGUCCGGUCCCUACACCAAUGGCGAAAGGUGCAAGCUACGGAGACAGGCCAUCAUCCGGAGGCGCUAUGCCCCAAGAUGCUGGAACUUCGCAACUUCCCGCCGCCUUGGCUCGAAGGCGAGGUUCCCUCCCUAAAGCCAGUAAUGGUAUGGCUUCUCUCUCUUUACCACCCUCCCGAGCCGGCAAAUCUCCUAGUCCACUUGCAUCCAGCUCUUCUGCAGCCUCUUCUCCUGGUUCGGGUUCCGGUGGCAAACGAUUGCAACCGAUUACACCCAACUUACUUCUACCUCUUCUCGCUUCCCCCGCUACGCUGGUCCUCGACGUCCGACCCCCUUCUUCCUUCCAGAACUCGCAUGUCCCAUCAUCUCACUCCUUACCUGUGCCAUCCACGCUUUUACGUCGUCCUGCCUUCAACCUUGAAAAGCUUGCGCAAAUGUUACCGCCCAAAUCGACAGAGGCCGUCUCAAGGUGGCGAGAGAAGGGUGAUAUCGUACUUGUCGAUACGGAUAGUGGCAACGUACAUGACGGAAGUGUGCUGGACGGUUUGGCCUCCAAGUUUGAGCGAGAAGGAUUUACCGGACAUCUGUGGUUCGUCAAGGGAGGCCAUUCAGCUUUAUGCAACCACCAAGAAGUCAGGCUGGUAGCCCAAGACGAGAAUUCCGAUGCACAGGUGGAGAACGGUGAAACCCCUUCUCCAUCUCAGGCCACAUUAAAUAAAGGGUUGAUGGCAGGGUCUUUAGGUACUCUGGCCUUCCAGCAAGAGUCGACCGGAGGCCGGAAAGGUCGUGCACCUCCCCCAAGAGGGUUAGCUAUCCCACCAACACCCGGCUUCAGUUUCCAAAGUAAUCCCUUCGGCUUAAAAAUGCCUUCUUCCACUACUACAGAAAGACCUGAACCUGAUGUAGGCGGCCUCAAUCUAACUCACAUGCAUUCUCCCAAAAAGCCCAAAUUCCAACCCGCAAACCCGUUCUUCGAUAACAUCCGACAGAAUCUCGAACUAUCUCAUGGUGGUAUUACGGAACGUAUUCCCCUCAAUCUUCCGGAAAAAAUCAUGAAUCGUGUCGACGAACUACCGGAUUUCUUACGAAACCUCGCAAACAUGCCUGAGAAAGACAGCAUGGAUCAACUAGCUAAACAAUUCUACAAUUUAGAAUUUAGCGAACAACAACGAUUACAGUCUGUGAUGGAGUGGCAUACCAACGGGUCUGGUACGACACUGAACGACCGAGCUGGAAAUGAGACCUGGGCGGACCGACGACGAAAUGACGCCCAAGAAGUUCAAAGAUUAACAGAUUGGACAGGGGAAGAAGCCACUCUACAAGAGGAUUACUUCCCAUUCUCAAUCACUGCUGGUGUUGAAAGAGGUACAAAGAAUAGGUACAAGAAUAUUUGGCCGUACGACUUCUCUCGAGUACGACUGGAACAACCUCCCGAUAACGAUAGUGAUUACAUCAACGCUUCUUUCAUCCAGCCUCGAGGUACUUCUCGUCGAUAUAUUGCCACACAAGGUCCCCUCGAUGCUACUUUCCACGAUUUUUGGACUUUGGUCUGGGAACAAGGUGUUCGAGUAAUCGUUAUGAUCACCAAGCAAUUUGAAGGUGGUCUUAUAAAAUGUGGGAAGUAUUGGGAGGACAGCUCAUUUGGUGCUUUGCAUCUCAAGGCUGUCUCCCAAACAGGCGGCGAAGACCAGGUACAGCAGCCAACCACGGGUUUCGACUUUGGUCCCACUGCUGUUACGCCGAGAUCAUCUUCGUUCCCUACAGGCAAAGAGAAGAACAUCAAAAGAGUGUUUAGACUUUCAAACAGUGAUCAUCCCGAGGAACCACCCAGAACGAUUGUACAAGUCCAAUGUAUUGGGUGGCCUGAUUUUGAUGUUCCUGAAACCCCUGAAACCCUCUUCGAGCUCAUCAAGGAUGUCGAUCACGCAGUAGAGGAUUCUACUCCUCAAAUCAACGACGAUAGGAAAAAUCAACCUCCCGUUCUCGUACACUGUUCUGCUGGAGUGGGACGAACGGGAAGUUUUAUUGUCGUCGAUGCCAUUCUCGAUGGACUGAGACGUGAACUUCGAAGCCGACGUGGAUCAGCUUCUUCUGCUGGAGAACAAGGAGAAACACGGACAAGUUCUAUUCCUUCUCUCACCUUGACUGCAGGACUAGGUAGUGCAGACUCUGGUCGGAGCAAGGGUCAUGAUUCGGGCAAAUCCGUAUCUUUCUUAUCCCCCACUAUAUCCCCCGUUCAAGUCGGCUCCAGUCCCAAUAGCGAUAUGAAUCAAUUCAAAUUCACAGCUUCACCAAGCUCAUUGACCACCAAGAUAACAGCUCCUACUCCGCCAUUGCAACCUCUGACUGCUGCUGCUCUUGCCGACAGAAUGACAGAAGGAAAUUAUGAGGAUUCCAUGGAUGUCGACAAGCCUUCUGACACUCGAGCUGAACCUCAGGGUCCACCAAGAGAUGAGAAGUUCUUCCAGCAUCGAGGCAGCAUCUCGUCUAUCUUUUCUAGUGAAGGUGGAGGAGAUACCAGAAGACCUAGCUUGGCAUCUACAAGGCAUUCCUCCGAAUUCCUGCCCCUUGAAGCAAAAUUGGGUGCUGAGAAGCCUGGUCGAAGUCAAGGCGGCUCUUCGAUGAUAUUGACCAAAUCGAAUCUACGACAUCGAACACCCUCACCUGUAUCGGAAAUGGAAGAUCCUGUCGCAUCAGUAUUAGAAGGUAUGAGAGUACAAAGAAUGUCAUUGGUACAAUCACUGCGACAAUAUUUAUUUGUCCAUCGCGCAAUCAUUCACAACUACUUGCACAUAUUAGACGAAGAGAAAGCUUCUGAGCCAACUAGACCCAGUCCAUUACCUACUACAGAAAGUUCGUUCAAUUCAAGUAGUAGUAGUAUGGAUGAAGAAGGUCAUGUCAAAAGGAGAGCCAGUCCAACAGAAUUAGAAGAAAUUGAAAAUCCUUUAUUGAAAAGGGAAAUCGAUAAAUCAGGUGGAUUAAGUAAAAGACCUAGUUUUAAGAAAAUGCGUCAAGCCGUGGACCCCAUUUCUGCUUCAUCAAAUUCGAUUCAAAACGGAUCUCCAAAUAGUCCCAAAAAAGCAGGAGCAGGUAGAAUGAGAAGCAAAAGUAAAUUGAGUUUGGAAGAAAAUAAUAUAAAUCAAAGCACCAAUCCGAUUUUAUCAUUAUCACCUACCGCCAAUACACUUAUUAAUCCUAACGAGAAAAGUACUACAGAUAAAUAG